AUGUUUAAUAUCUUUGAAGAUUUUGGGCUUGUGGUCGAGGUAGUUAUACCUCCGAAGAGGGAUAAACCAGGAGGGAGGAAGGGAAAAGAGGUGGUGGAGAAUCGCGGGGGGAUGAAUCUGACUUAUCACGGUGGAGGAGGUAUAGCAAAAGAGAAAGUCACUGAUAAGUCAUAUGCUCGGGCAAUGAAGAUUAACUCUUCUGUUAGACCAGUACAAUGGGAGAAGAAAGUGUUGGGAUGGCGGCAGGAAGAAAAGAAACCUAAAUUUUCACAUUUACAGUUUAAUGUAGAGAAGGAAUAUAAUAUCAAAUGCAAAGGCGGACACGUGCUUUAUCCAGGAAACUAA